CCAAAGGCAGUCUUUACAUGCCACUUUGAGGCAUCACAAAUGUGACACUGUGAACGUGAUAGUGGAAAAGUGGGUUAGCUGGACGUCGUAAAUAUUGAAACGAAAGCUCAUAGACACGCAGCUAGGGCAGUGUCUACACACUGUCUCUGAAUAGCCUGGAAAUUCAAGAUGCCAUUUUCAAAGUCCGGAAAACCUGAAAUUUUUUUACACUCCUUGAAAACCCUCGAUGUUGCGUUUUUUUUUCUUUUCAUGUUUUCAUAGAGCUGCUCGUGCAAAUUACGCUUUGCCAUAGUCUGAACCGUAGCUAGGAGGCCACAAAAGUUGGCAUUCUUUAUUGCAAUAGGAAUCGUCGGCAAGAAAUGAACGACACCCACUUGUGAAUAAAUGUUUCUUUCUGCACCACGAUCCUUAAGCUUCAGUAGUUGUCAGUGACACCCGCGAACUGCUAUUGUGCAGUUCCGAUGUAUUCUCUCAAGUGAUACCUGUAGUUGAUAAAUAUUUCUGCUAAAUCUUGAAGCCUUGGUAAUGAACUGUGUUUUACAUCUCAGACAAAAUGACGGCUUAGCCUUAAAAGGUUCUCGAAAGACCGUUGAAUUUUUGUUUGUAAAUUCAGUGGCAAGCAUGCGAAACCUCUGUUACAAUCGGAAUUUCACAUCCUGGUGUUGUCGCAUCAGUUAAUGUAUUACCAAUAAUUUUCGUGUUCCGAGUCAUAUUAUCCACAGUAAACAGUGUAUCCACUUUGGAGAAACCCGGGCAACAUUUUUACAUCUCAUUACCAAAGAGCUGCCUGUGUGUCUGAGUCAUCAAGUUCCAGCCUCUUGGAUUUAAAAGUCCAAUAAAUGCCGCUCUCGCCAGAGUUCAGUGGUCAUCCCAUGGAAGUAAAAUUGGAACCUCAGGGUUCCUCAUGCCUGCUAGAAGAGGGUCAUAUCCAGCAACCGCACCACGACGAAUCUCCACCAGGAAGCGAUAGUUGUGGACCAGUGGCAGGGACGGUACGCAGUAAGGAAGAACCUCAAGAUGAAUCUUCAAACGAACCUCCAAUCACAGUAGUGAAAACUGAGCCUUACGACAUUGCAGUUUUGGAAGGGCAGGAUCAAAUGGGACACAGCUGUGAUUCAAAUUCACAAGUGCCAACAGCAACCACUGGUACGUUUCACAUCGAGAAUGAACCCAGAGACAUUCGUCAUCCAGUGUCUUCAGGUUGCGGCUCUUCGUGUGAGCAGUUCAACAUCGACGUAACAGCAGUUGAACCUCCGUUGAAAGACACUGUCCCGGUCACGGUGGACGGUCCAUGCGCUGAUUCCAAACCCAGAGAUGUUUCUCCAGAUCGGAACGAGACUCAAGGGGCUGGCAAGUCCUCAGCUACCAGCGACAAGAAAGGCAGGCUGUACAAGCGCACCGACACGGGCCACUUAGGAACUCGCCUGAAAACCUACAAAGUGAACGCAUUUACCUGCGUUACAUGUUCCACCACGUUUUAUCGUAUGUCGGCUGUGGGAGCGAAUGCGAAACUGUGCACGAGUGAGGGGCCGUACAGGUGUGAGGCGUGCACACUGGCUUGCAUGUCGCAGGUCAGCCUGAAGCGCCACUCGCCUGUACAUGCUUGUGCCCUGUCCGAUCAGCUACCCAGCGCAUCAGAGGAUCAGAUGGUUCGUCCUGAUGCAUCCUCCCAGUCGAAGUAUGCCACGGACCACACGCCGAAUGGCACCGUCUGUCCUGAAGAGUUCAACCAGAGCACACAACUGUGGCAUCACAGACGGACACACACGGGCGAGGAGGCACACAAGUGCGAUCCGCCCCUCGCCACGUCCGACAGCCAUGAACAGACGCGCGCGGACGGGAAGCCGUACAAGUGCAGGUUCUGCCCCGCAGGUUUCACCAACACGUACAACCUGAGGGUUCACGAGAGGACUCACACGGGCGAGAAGCCCUACAAGUGUGACAUUUGUCCUGCGGAGUUUGCGCAGAGCACCACCCUUCGGCGUCACAGGCAGACGCACACGGGGGAGAAGCCCUACAAGUGCAGCCUCUGUCCCGCAGAGUUCAGCCAAACGCACCACCUGAAGAAUCACUCACGAACCCACACGGGCGAGAAGCCGUACAAGUGUGACCUUUGCGACGCAAUGUUCAUCAAGAGCACAGCCCUGAAGCGUCACAAGCGGAUACACACGUGUGAAAACCCGUACAAGUGCGACAUCUGUUCUGCAUCGUUCAGCCAGGGCAUGCAGCUGUGGCAGCACAAGCAAACGCACACAGACGCGAAGCCCUACAAGUGCGACGUCUGUCCCGCGGAGUUCAACCGAAAGACAAACCUGCAGCGUCACAAGCGAACCCACACGGGGGAGAAGCCAUACAAGUGCCACCUCUGUCCCGUGGAGUUCAGCCAGAUGAGCAACCUGAAGGACCACAUGUGGACCCACACGGGCGAGAAACCGUACAAGUGCGAUCGCUGUGAUGCAGGGUUCAGCCGGAGCACGCACCUGAAGCAUCACUUAUUGGGUCACGCUGGCAAGAAGGCGUUCAAGUGCAACCUCUGUGACGCGGGGUUCGGCCGGGGCACACACCUGAGGCGUCACAUGCAGAUACACACGGGUGAGAGGCCAUACAAGUGCGACCUGUGUCCUGCAGAGUUCAGCCAGAUGCACCACUUGAAGAACCACGUGCGGACACACACUGGCGAGAAGCCAUACAAGUGUCAUCUCUGUCCUGCACAGUUCAGCCAGAUGCACCACCUGAAUGGUCACAUACGAACUCACAGCCAUGAGAAGCCAUCCAAGUGCAACCCAUGUGGGGCAUCACAAUCAGACGCAUACAGUAUAGAAACUGGAUGAACGUAGACUCUGCAGUGCUAUGUCUGUCUGCCGAACCUGUGGUCUGUGUUCUGAAAUUAUAAGUAGGUCCCGAUUUUGGGGGGCCUUAUUUUUUGGCACAAUCGGGGGAGUAAAUAAUGGGUUAUAUUUCGCUGUCAAGCCAGGUGUGGUUGAAUUGGAUUGAAUCAGAUGUGAACGUUAUAAACUGCAAUAACUUUCGCAAUGGUCACACUGGUCCCACCCUCCAUGUAUUAUGUUCCCCUCGGAUUUUCACGAGUGGCGUUGGUAGGUCCACGUUGGGUAGGAGGGGCUCGAGCUCUCCCUAGCCCCCCCGUGACUACGGUACUGAUUAUAAGUAUGUUGUCAAUACAAUGGAGGUAUACAGUGAGUUUUAAGGCGACGUUACGAAGGACAUCAAUUUCCUGUGGUCCAGGGGCAGGGUACUUGUCAUCUUGUACCCGGAAUGCUAGAAUUGCCAGAACAUGCUUCGGGCAGUGGUUGAGGAAUUCUGGGAGUCUGUGUGCCUGUGCUUUACAGUUAGAAACAGUGAGUCUUGUAGGGUUGUGAACAGUGUAGGGUUUAUUUAUAUAUGCUUUGUGAAUUUUGGAGUGGUGGUAGAAAUGUUUGUGCUUCAGCGUAGGAUGAGAUAUUUAAGGUCAUUAGACAUGGUGGGUGCUUCUGGCUACAUAAAUCCUCCAGGAUACGCAG